UUGCACGGUGGCUCGUCAGUAUCCACGUCGCCGUCGACAGGAUCGCACACGCUCACAACCUUAUCCUUUUUUUUCCCCGCAGCCUAGAAAAUAGAUCCUUGGUCGUCGUUUUGAUUCAAAGUCGAUGAUUUCCCUGGUGUACUUGCUACCGUCGAUGAAAUCAGUUGCAGAUUAUUACUACCUGGCCGUGUCCAGCGCGUCCUAUUGAAACAAUUUGAUUUUUCCUGUUUUUAUAGCCAAGAGAAACUCAAUUUUUAAACAAUGUGUCUUGAUUUGAUUUACCUACGAAAAUGUGGAUGGGCUCGUCCGAUUUGAAAAAGAACAGUGGAAAUUCAUCCAGGUGUAUUUAAACGAGAGAGACAGCAGACGCUUGGUUUUUUUGUUUUAUUAUUAUUAUUCUUCUUCUUUUGUUUCUUGAUUAUCCGGCCGUCUGUCACACUCUAGUAGACAUUUCCCCCCCUUCGUGCCGUCGUAUAUGUGUGUGCGUCGAGAGAGCAGUAGACGUGAGCACGUGUGAUUUUUCCCGCGUGAUCGUGCCGUAUCUUUUUAGCCUCUGCCGCGCGCUCCGUACCCCCCCCAACCGACCAUGAAAUCUCUGACAGCCUUCUUCUGUUUCGUCGUUUUGCCAGCAGGAUCACUGGGUAGCUGGGAAGAAUGGUGGACUUACGACGGCAUAUCAGGUCCUUCGUUUUGGGGCCUGAUCAAUCCGCAGUGGAUGCUGUGCAACAAAGGCAGGAGGCAGUCACCUAUCGAUAUCGAGCCGGCCAAGAUGCUCUACGAUCCCAACCUGCGGCCUCUCAGCGUCGACAAGCACAAGGUCUCUGGAGUCCUGCACAACACGGGCCAGUCGCUCGUCUUCCGUCCAGAAACCGGGCCCAAGCAUUCGCUGGCCGUCAACGUUUCCGCCGGACCCUUGGCCUACCGCUACCAAAUCGAGGAGGUUUUUCUCCACUACGGCACGGAUAAUUCGCACGGCUCCGAGCAUCGCAUCCAAGGCAGCGCAUUUCCGGCGGAGAUCCAAUUUUACGGUUACAACGCGGAAUUGUACGCCAAUGCGUCAGAGGCCCGGCACAAAUCGCAAGGGUUGGUCGCCAUAGCCGUUAUGGUUCAGAUUGGCGAGACUCCCAAUCCGGAAUUGCGUUCAUUAUCGUCGCUCUUCGGUCAAGUCAUCUAUCGAGGUCAAUCGGCCGACUUGCGGCAUGUGUCCCUUCACGCUCUCCUGCCCGAGACGGACCACUAUAUGACAUACGAGGGUUCCACCACACACCCGGGCUGCUGGGAAACGACUUCUUGGAUUAUUUACAACAAACCCAUUUACAUCACACGCCAGGAGUUGUACGCCCUUCGUCGUUUGGUACAAGGGGACAGUGAAACGCCCAAAGGCGCACUGGGCAACAACGUUCGGGCGCUCCAGCCGCUCCAUCACCGCACCGUCAGAACCAACAUCGAUUUCACCAAUUCCAUGGAACGAGGCUGCGUCACGAUGAAAACGGACAUGUCGUACAAGGCCAAUUCGUGGAACAUCGCCACAACGUGAUCCAAUUUGAUCAAAAACCGUUAGACGUUCUAAAAAAAAAUCUUUUUCUUCAUUUUCUCCAAAAUUUCGUCACGUGUUUUUUUUUUUUUAUUGAAAG